CCUCAGCAGUGCUUAUUCUCAUGGGACAAUGGGAGUGGGGCAAACCGAAGCGGACCUCGGCUGAACUCCACACCUCCCCAAUCAUCGACUCAUCUCACACCGGAAAACGAUGGGCUCCAUUGAUAAGAGGAAACGCGGGAUUUGGCACUGUUUUCCGCUUCCACAGCACCACGACUGCAAGGCUCCAAUGCGGAGGAGAAGCUGGGGAUUCUCAUGAAGCGGGGGCAGAAGCAGUUCCAGAGUCUAAUUCUAGAGAUGCAGCGUGUCUCAGUCUCGAUACCACGAUACCUCAAAGUCUCGAGAUGAAGCAACACACACAUCCAAAUGUCGGCUUCUUUCGUCACCUCGCUCCAAGACGGCGGCCACUCUAGCCCGAGGCGAUGCGACCCUAGCUCCGCCGUUAUCCCCGUCGGGCUCUGAAGGUCGAUCACCCACCCAAUGGGCCAAUUCUAGUCCUCUCCUCGUCAGGUUGUCCCUUUCCUUUCCCAAUCCUGCUCCGAUUGCGUGCCUUGAGGAUACCCACACCGCGCACCCCACCAGCACCCUUUUCGCGGCGGUGGAUCGGAUGCGGGUUGCCGCCCACCACCCAUUUCAUGGAUCUAGCACCAGGUCCCCUCGCCCCUUUGACGGCGGCGUUGCGCUGCUGGGGGGCGUGGGCUUGGGCGUGGGACGUUUGAGAAAUUGUUGGUUUGUAAAACUCUUCUGUCUCUCCCUCGCUCUUGUAGGUCCUAUCUACUAUCCGUGUCUCUUGAAAGAUUUCUUCGGGGCCGCCCCUCUUGCAAAUCUCCCGUUGACUCAUUUACAUAGUAUACCCGCUUUGUCGACUGCGUCUAGCUGUGAAGGGAGUUUGUUGCACCUUGGGUCAGAGAUACUACUAGUACGGUUAAAAAUCUCUUGUCCCGAGGCUCGGCGCGCCGUUUCUUGAUCUACUUUCCCUGUCCCGAUUUCCCCAAGAGCCGCAAUUCCCAGGACAUUCGGCCAUUCUUUGCGCGGAGGGAGAUCAAACAUCGCGCCAGGCGCCUAUCCACACAGGCCUUCAAACCAAAGAAGACGUCGUUAGCAAAUCGAAUAAUGUCUGCAAUACACGACUUCGGGACCGGGUCUCACGCGGCCGCCACCGACACGGCGACGGCGACCUCAACCAGCUCCGGCCAAGACUCGCCGCCACUCCGCCCGCUCAAGGACAUUGAGUCCCGGCACAGCCACCACAGCCGGAGCCGGGCCUCGUCCCACUCGUCCACCGACACCGACCCUCUUGAGCCACUCGAGCACGCCCUGACGCCCGACCUCGAGACCGAGGCGGAACACGUCGCCCGGGAGCCCAUCACGUACACGCGCACCGGCACGAGUAUCGGCAGCACCGCGUCACGGCCUCCGGACUACGAGGUCGUCUUUGAGCCCGACGACCCCGAGAACCCAAAGAACUGGCCUCUCUGGUACCGCGGCUGGACCAUCUUCGUCGUCUCACUCUCUACCUGGAUUGUCGUGCUGUACAGCACGAGUUACACGGCGUCUAUUCCCGGCCUCGUUGAGGAGUAUCACUCGACCAGGGUUGUUGCGACGCUUGGUGUUACUACUUACCUUCUUGGCUUGGCUGCCGGCAGUUUGAUCGUGGCCCCGAUGAGCGAGUUGUAUGGCCGGCAAUAUGUCUAUCUCGGAUGCUUCACCGUCUCAUCUCUGCUGAUCAUUCCCUGCGCUCUUGCAAAGUCCCUGACAACACUGAUCGUCGUUCGCUUCUUCGGAGCAUUGUUCGGAGCUGCUUUGAUCGCCAACAGCCCAGGGACCGUGGUAGACAUCUCAGAUGAGGAGUAUCGUGCCCUCGCCAUGUCCUUCUACUCCAUCGCCCCCUUGAACGGCCCAGUCACCGGCCCGAUCAUCGGUGGCUUCGUGUACCAGUAUCUAGGUUGGCGAUGGACCAACUGGAUCGUCCUCAUCAUCGCCGGUGUUGGCAUCGCGCUCAUGUUCACCCUUCGUGAGACCUACGCGCCCACCAUUCUUCAGCGCAAGGCGGCUCGCAUUCGCAAAGAGACGGAUGACCCGCGCUGGUGGUGCCGCUACGACGAGAAGGUUUCCAAGGUCCACCUCAUCAAGCUGAAUCUCAGCCGCCCCUUCGUCCUCAGUUUCACAGAGCCCAUUCUGUGGUUCUUCAACCUCUGGAUAUCGCUCAUCUACGGCAUUCUCUACCUCUGCUUCGUCGCCUACCCCAUCGUCUUCUCCCAAUACCGCGGCUGGGGCCCAGGCGUCUCAGGCCUCGCCUUCGUCGGCAUCGGCAUCGGCACCAUCCUCGCCAUCAUCAGCGAGCCCAUAUUCCGCCGCAUCAUCAACGCCCACCCAAAAGACCCCAUCACCGGCCGCGUCCCGCCCGAAGCCACCGCCCGCGUAAUGACCAUCGGCGCCAUCCUCACCCCCAUAGGCCAGCUCGUCUUCUCCUGGACCUGCCUCCCCGCCACGAUCCACUGGGCCAUCCCCAUCGCCUUCGGCAUCCCCUUUGGCGCGGGCAACACAAUCUCCUUCAUCUACGGGUCCAACUACCUCGCCGGCGCGUACGGCAUCUACGCCGCCUCCGCGCUGGCCGGCAACGCCGUCAUGCGGAGCAUGUUUGGCGGCACGCUGCCGCUCGCGGGCACGUCCAUGUAUAAGGCCAUGUCGCCGCAGUGGGCGGGAACGCUCUGCGGUCUGCUCGAGCUCGCGCUCAUUCCGAUCCCCAUCAUCUUUUGGCGGUACGGCGAGAAGAUUCGCGCAAAGAGCCCGAUUAUUCGGCAGAUGAGGGAGGAUCAGGAGAAGAAUGAGAGUAAGCGGGCCAAGCAGCUCGCGCGGCUGGAGAGGAAGAGGGAGAGGGAGGCUGCUGCUGCUGCUGCGGCCGCGGGUGGUAACAGCGAGAAGUCGACGGGCGUGUUGGCGAGCGAGGAGCAGACUGUACCUCGAGACAUCGAGAAGAGUGCUUGAGAGAGUUCUUUACUGUCUUGCAAAUCCAUUAAGAAGAAGGAGGAUGUGUUUGAUAUAUGGUGUGUCCGUCGCGACACGAAUUAGAAGAGGACUGUAUACCCCCUUAGCCCUCCGAAA